UCUGGGCACCAGGUCCUGAGAGCAAGCUGGGGGUGAGCAAGCAAGUGGGGGAGGAGCAGCACCACCCUGCAGUUGCAUGGUGGGAAAAAGUCUCCUUCCCCCCCCCCCCCCCCAACCCCACCUCCACCCUCUGCAUCCGGUCCAAUAACUUCUGGCUGAGCUAGAGCGUAGCCUGGGGAAAGAGACUGACAGACACCUUCCCCCCCCCCCAGCCCUAGGGGCGCGGUUCCCAGCGUGCAUCCCCAGCCCAGGAGCUGCGGGAGAAGCCCCUCUUUCCAGACAGCAGCAUUGCCGGCUCCAGGAGGUCGCUCUGGUUUCGCAAGACAGUUUGUGCUUCUGGGCCCUCGCACCUGAUCCCCCACCCGGCUCACCUGGUGUCAAAAACGGGACACUGAGGUAGGAAGCCAGAGGCUGGAUGCUUCCUGCCAGGGGCAUGAAUGAGCCAGAAAGGCCUGGGGUCUGGGCUCAUCCCCUGCUGGGAUAAGGACACCCCAGGGAGCAGCCAUGGCUGCAGGGCAGGGGGCAGAGGGGGCCCUGGACCUGCAGUUUCAGAUCCAGGUGGAGCAGUCGAUGUGCCCCACUGGGCUGACGGAGCAGCAGGCCUCAGCUGGGCCCGAGCCAAAUGCGGGAUUGGAGCGGGCGGGCGGGCUGCCCAUUGUGGUGCAGUCCGGCACCAUUGGGGAGCUGCUGAGAUGGGUGGCACCGCAGCAGGCCCGGUAUGCGUCGCAGAAGGAGAUGCUGCAGCACUGGGAGGACGUCUGGCAGGAGGUGCUGCGGGCGCUGCGCAUCCUUCCGGAGGUGGGGCCGGCUCCAGCCUGCGCCCUCAGGCCUGGAGAGCCAGAACUGCCGCCCCCUCCCAGAGUUGUGCCAGCACGGACUUGUGCACAUGGGUGUGAAAACCCCACCUCCCAGGGGGGCAGUGAGUCACCCAGGGGUCUGGAGCAGGCUGGGAUCGAGCUGAAGGAGGGGACGGCACCGUGCCGAGAGGAGCAGCUGUCAGCCACGCAGACCCCUGCCAAGGUUAAUCCAACUCCAGCACCUACAUGGGGAACCCUGCAGCUGCCACAGCUGGCGCCAGAGGACGACAUCGAGGCCUAUCUGGCCACCUUUGAGCAGGUGGCUGAUGCCUGCCAGUGGCCGAGAGGGGAGUGGACAACCCGACUGGAGCCGUAUCUCACCGGGAAAGCCCAGCUGGCCUAUGGUAGCCUAGACAUCACAGAGACAAGUGACUAUGGGAAGGUGAAGGCGACCAUCCUGCGUCGCUAUGGCAUCAGCCCGGAGACACAGCGCAGGCGCUUCAGGGAAUUCUGCUACCUGGAGGCUGAGGGGCCCCAGGAGGUUUACAGCUGCCUCCGGGAGCUCUGCCAUCGCUGGCUCGAGCCCCAGAGCCGCACCAAGGAGCAGAUCCUGGAGCUGCUGAUCCUGGAGCAGUUCCUGACCAUCCUGCCGGAGGAAAUGCGGAGCUGGAUCUGGGAAAGUGGUCCUGAGACCGGCGCCCAAGCGGUGGCCCUGGCAGAGGGGUUCCAGGUGGGGCAGCCAGAGAUCGAAUGGCUGGGGCUACAGGUGCCAGUGCAGUUUGAGGAUGUGGCUGUGACUCUGAGUAAGGCAGAGUGGUUGUUGCUGGAUGAGGAGAAGCAACAGCUCUACAGGGACAUCAUGUAUGAGAAUUACCAGAGCAUCAGCUCGCUGGGCUUUCCAGUUCGCAAACCCGCCCUGAUCUCUCAGCUGGAGCGAGAGGAGGAGCCAUGCAUCCCAGAUCCCCCAGCCCCUGAGAAGCAGGAGACCCAGAGGGACGUCCCAACAGCCAGUGUUAGUUUAGAUCCCUCUGCUGGCUUCCCCCUGCACCUGGGGCCCGGCUCAUGCACCACUUCUCUCUUGGUCCCCGCAGACACCGGGAGGGAGCUGGACGCUGAGGAGCUGGCUGUGCUGCACCACGGGGAGGCGGAGGCACCUGUCAAAGCAGCUCCAACACCCAAGGCCUCACCAAGAUGGCCCAAGAGGAAAGUGCCCCAGAGCCCUGGCCGGAAGAGAAAGAAACCGUCUCUGGACAGAGAAGAGCCAGAAGCCCCCUCUGAGGGUGGGAAACAGCAGCUCCCCACCUGUCCCAUGUCCAUGCAACAGCUGCUUCCUUCUGUGUGCAUGCAAAAGCCUUUCCUUCCUGUACGCAGGAAACAGCCGCCCCCACCCCUGCGCCAGGAACAGCCUGUCCCUCCCAUGCACAGGGAACUGUUGCCCCCUCCCCUGAGCAGAGAACAGCCUCUCUCCCCCAUGCACAGGGAACAGCCACCCCCUCCUGUACGCAGGGAACAGACUCCCCCUAUCCAGCUGCCCCAUCUGCCAUCCCUGGCUAAGUCCUGCAGCAAGAAGCCAGCAGAGCAAGUUUCCCCUCCCAGCAAGAGCCUGCCCCCCUCUGAGAAGUCCUACCAGUGCCCCUUGUGUAGUCAGAACUUCAGGCAGAGCUCGGACCUGCAGCGGCACCGGCGCGUCCACACGGGAGAGAAGCCUUUCCAGUGCCUGGUGUGUGAGAAGAGCUUCCGGCUGCAGUCCAACCUGAUCGUGCACCAGCGUACCCACACCGGGGAGCGGCCCUACCAGUGCGGGGAGUGUGGCCGCGCCUUCUCGCAGAGCUCCAACCUCCUGACCCACAGCAAGAUCCACCUGGGCCAGAAGCCCUACGCCUGCUUCGAGUGCGGCAAGAGCUUCCACCACAGCUCCAACCUCAUCAUCCACCAGCGCACCCACACCGGCGAGCGACCCUACGAGUGCAGCGUCUGCACUAAGCGCUUCAGUGACCGCUCCACCUUGGUGCAGCACCGGCGCCUCCACACAGGUGAGCGCCCCUACGCCUGCUCUGAGUGCGGCAAGUGCUUCAGCCAGGCCUCACACCUGGUCAAACACCGACGCACCCACGCGAGCCCCUGCACCAAGAAUAGAGCUGCCCCCAGAAAAACACCAGUCACAGCAGUGGAGAGAACCAGCCCCAAAAAUGGGGCAGCCAUGGGGGAGGAGAGAGCUGCCCCCACUCCUGGGCUCAGUGAGAGGAUUGCCACGCCCCAAAAUGGAGCAGCUCCAGGGGAGGAAAGAGCAGCCCUGAAAGAUGCAUCCACCGUGGGGAAGGAUAGCACCACCCACGAAGUGGGUUCAAAGGGGGAGAAGGACAAAGCAGCUCAGAAAGUUGCUUUGGCCACGGAAAAGAUAGCUGCCCCCAAACGCAUGCUGGCAACAAAGGACAUGCUGGCCACAGGGAAGGAAAGGGUAACCUCCACACUUGGGCUGGGUGCGUUGAGAGCUGCCCUCAUAAACAGGCUGGGCACAGGAGAGGACAGAGACAGGCCAGCCGUGCGGGAGAAGAGAGCACCGACUCCACAUGCACCAGCUGUGCAUGAGGAGCGAGCCGCUUUGAAAGAUGCACUGAGGGCAGGGAAGGACAAAGUAGCAACAAACCACACAUCAGCUGUGGAGAAGGGGAGAACCACUCCCAAAUGCACGCUGGCCAUGAGGCAGGGAAGAGCCAGCUCCAAGCACACACUGGCCCCGGGAAAGGGGAGAGCCAACCCUGAACAUGCACUGGCCAUGGGAAAGGGGAGAGCCAACCCUCAACACGCACUGGCCACGGGGAAAGGGAGAGCCGGCCCUGAACAUGCACUGGCCACAGGGCGGGGGAGAGCUGGCCCUAAACACACACCGGUCACGAGGAAGGGGAGAGCUAGCCCCAAAUAUGCACUUGCCAUGGGGAAGGGGGGAGCCAACCCCAAACACGCACUUGCCACAGGGCAGGGGGGAGCCAGCCCCAAAGACACGCUGGCCACAGGGAAGGGGAGAGCUGGCCCCAAACAUGCACUGGCCAUGGGGAAAGAGGGAGAUGCCCCCAAACACGCGCUGGCCACAGGAAAGGGGAGAACCAGCCCCAAACACGUGCUGGCCAUGGGGAAGAAGAGAGCCAGCCCCAAACAUGUGCUGGCCAUGGGGAAGGAGAGAGCCAGCCCCAAACACGUGCUGGCCACGGGGAACGGAAGAGCCGGCCCCAAACACAUGCUGGCCACAGGGAAGGGGAGAGCCAGCCCCAAACAUACACUGGCCACGAGGAAGGGGAGAGCUGGCCCCAAACAUGCACUGGCCCCAGGGAAGGGGGAAACCGGCCCCAAUCACAUACCAGUCACACGGAAGCGCAGACAGCAGGGGAACCCUCUGAUGUCACUGCGUGAUAGGGGCAGGGAUGGCUCACGGGGGGAACAGACUUUGAGGAGCCCCAUCACUGUACAGUAGGGUCCGGGCUGGCUUCUCUAGACAUGCAUUCAGCUGGUUUUCCACUAACUGGGUGUGAAACCCCAUCAAUGUGCAGGAGGGAACUAAUGCCAAUGCCAUAGGCUCACACUUAGGCAGCAGAGGAGAAGCUGGCCUGGCGUGGGAUGCACUAACAGCUCAGAGAGGACUGGCAGCACGAAGGCAUUUCUGGCACCGCGGGACCGGAGCUGGCAGAGCAAGUGGCUGGCAUGUAAAAUGAAAGCACAGACAUCUCUUUCUCGGGAAGGGGGACGGGGGGAGAGAGGAGGCUGAAAUCUUGGCAGGCAACAGGAAGGGAGAGUUGGGUGAAUUUUAAACUCUCAAAUUGGGCCCUGAGCUGAGGGAGUGUAAAAGAAGCUCUAAAAAUCUCCCUCUGUAUGGAGUUAAAAUGAGAAGAAAGGUUCUGUGACCAACUCUGGUGGUCUGUGGUCUUGUCUCUUAAAGCCCCAGCUCUGUUUUUAUAUAUAAAAAGAAAAUCUGGGUCUAGCCCAAUGACCGGAGAGAAAAAUCAAGGAAACUCAAACCCUAUUGGCUACAAUGCCAAAGGGCAAAUCACUCUGUGUUAAUUUAUUUUAUUUUAUUAAAUCUAAUGAGUUUUUAAACCGAUUUUGUGAUAUUUUGAGUCUGACUCCAUGUUUCUUUGACAGCUUGGGGUUUUUGGGGGAGGAGGGGCUGAUAAAACCAUGGGAGACAGUUUUAGAAGCACAGUGAAUGUAUCCUCCACGUCCAUUGCCACCCACAUGCUGCAUCCCAGGCGAGCCCUAAUGGGGAAAUGGUCGAGAAGUGGCAGCCCCAUUUUCAAGGCGUAUAUGCAUUGUGCAAUCUUACACCUGCAGAAUGCUGUUGGGAUUGUUCUUAGCAAUUUGGUGUGGCCACAGCCCAUUGGAAGAAGUUUUUAAAUAAACUGUCAGCCUAAUUUUUAAAUGGACAGUGCCCCUUUCAUAGCGUUUUAGGUCAGAACAUUGUAACGGUGUAGUCUGAUCUCCUGCGUACCACCGUCCACAGGACUUCCGUUAAUUAAAUGCAGCUUCAAGCCCAAUAGCUAGGACCUUACCAAAUUCAUGGUCCAUUUUCAUAACUUGCACAAUCAUCGCAUUUUAAAAAAUCUUGAAUAGCACGGUUUCAGGUAUUUAAAUCUUAAAUUUCACGGUGUUGUAACAAACAUGAAUAUGUAUUUAAAAAGAGCAAAAUAUAAACAUGCAAAGCCCUUAAGAUUCAGCGUUUCUCAAACUGGAGGUCCCUAACUAAAGGGGGUCGCAAGGCUAUUGUAGAGGGUGGCCACAGAGCAGCAGGCGCUGGCUAUGCACCCAGCUCUGAAAGCAGCGCUGCCGCCAGCCAGAGCACGGCAGUGAGGGUGACAACACUGUGACCUCCCUACAAUAGCCUUGCAACCCCCUUUUGGGUUGCGGCCCCCAGUUUGGGAAAAGCUGUGUACUUCUGUAUAGGGUACUUUUAUAACAUAGGUAAAAGUACACAAAAGACCAGAUUUCACGGUCCGUGUUAUGUUUUUGACAGCUGUGAAUGUGGUAGGGCCCUAUUUAUAAGCUAUAUUAGCUGACUAUAUUGUGCUCCUUGGGCCUUUCACUGCCCCUUUCUCUGAGCCAGUCUUAAAACAACUCAGUUCAGCAAUAAAAGUGCUUUGCUGGGCUAUCCCGGGGACAUAACCAACAGAUGAAAUCUUUAUGACAUAGGCUGCACUCCAGGGGAUGAAUACAUGUCGUUCCCAGUCUCACAGGGAUGCUGUGAGGGUCUUGUGACUAAAGAGCAGGCUAGGAAUUUCCUGAGUUGAUUUUUUAAGAAAACAUUUUUAAAAAACACUUGUGUGACAAUGGGCUGUAGAUGAUUUUAUCUCCCUCGAGAGUGAGAUUACCAGCUGGAGCCAGCUUCUGAUUCCAGUGAGUAGCACCCACUGCGAGGGUCUGAUCUAUUGAAGGUUGCUGGAAAGAUUUAACAGAGCUUUGGUCAGACCUGUGGUCUCAGUGUGUGCAAUGAGACGACUCCCAUGCAUGAGGCUUUGCAGGCCUGGCUCCUACCUUUGUCCGUAGCUCUAGGUGUCGUGACACACUGGAACACGAUGGUCAAGGGGUGUGUCUUCACGGCGGGGGAGCCCCAAGGUCU